GUGACCUAUACGAAAAAUUUUCCUUAGCUGCUAAGUUUAAAGGCACACACCAAAUCUUCCUCCUUUAAAAUCUCAUCAUCAAUUCAUUAGUGGUAGCAGUCCCAAGCAAAAACAAUGAGUUACCAGCAUGUUCAUGAAGGUCCCUAUCCUCCACCAGGUUAUGCUCCACCACCACCAGGGCCAGAAGGAUAUCCUCCUCCAGGACAGCCAGAACCUUUUGGGUACUACGGUGAAGCACCACCACCGCCGCCACCACCAGGACCUCCCAGUUAUCAGGGAUAUUUUAACGAUCAAUAUCCGCCUCCUGAUUACAUCCACCAUGAUCAGCAGCCUGAUCAUCAUAGCAGUGGCUGCUGUUCCUUUUUAAAAGGCUGCAUGGGAGAUCCUCCUCGUUAGUCACAAGCACGUGGCAGAGGGGGCAGAAAUCGAGAGAGAGGAAGAUCGACCUCUCAGUCUUCUCAAAAGUCGUCAUACGACUCAUCAUUUCCAAUAAUACAAUUGGGAAAUAAGAGAUUAGUUAAUUCAAAAAUUGAUGAAGCAUCAUCUUCAUUAUUAACUAUCAAUUUAAGGGAUAUUUCAACAAACAGUCCAUUAUAUAGGCAAUUAUAAGCAUAUUUGCAGACAAAAGAGCAAGGUGAUACCUAUGCUUCUUUGACAAAGAGGGUGACAAACAAAAAUGCUCUGAAUAAGCAACCACCAAAGAAAUCAUGUUUCUUUUGGAAAACUCUGGUAUUCAAAUAAGUAAUGAACCCUCGAAGAUAUUCCAAAGGUAUCUAAUAAAGGGGUUAUAUUUUUCCGGAGAAUCUUAUAAGACUCGAUCAUAUUAUGAGGC